AUGGAUAUUACCAUAAAAGAGCAAGAUUAUUCCAAUAGCUUGAUUAAGAGCACUUCGGCUUUUGAAAGGUUGAAGGCUAAUAACUUAAAAUUUUUUAAAUUUCAGAAAAAGUUACGAAUACUUUAUUUAGUACUCUUCAUACUUUUGACCGGUGCAUUUGCUUUUUUCCUUGUUGAAAACUAUUAUUUUUCUAAUAAUAAAUUGAAUGAAGUUCUUCAAAACACAGAAUAUUUAACUAUAGCAGUUAAAAUUGAAAGAUCCCAAGAAAAAGUUUUAAAAACAUUAAUAAACAAAAAAUUGAAAAACUAUAUAAAGGAAACAUUCAAAUUUCUUAACUCAGGAUAUUUAACAGAAAAUUAUUUAGGAAAUGAAAAUGAUUCAGUAGAAUUAGAUGAAGUCUCAAAUGUAAUGUUUUAUGGGGAAGCAGAAGUAGGAGAUGAUAAACAAAAAUUUACUUUUAUAUUUGAUACAGGUUCAGCAAAUUUAUGGGUACCUAGUACUAAAUGUAGCUCUAAAGGAUGCACUACAAAACAUAUAUACGAUUCAUCUAAGUCAAAAACAUAUGAAGAAGAUGGAGAAAAAGCCGAGAUAACUUAUGGUUCUGGAUCUAUUAAGGGAUUCUUUAGCAAAGAUUUAGUUACAAUAGGUCAUUUGUCACUCCCAUAUAAAUUUAUUGAAGUAACAGAUACAGAUGAUUUAGAACCUAUUUAUAGCUCUUCACCAUUUGACGGUAUAGUAGGAUUGGGAUGGAAAGAUUUAGCAUUAGGAAAAAUAAGUCCCAUAGUUGUAGAAUUAAAAAAUCAAAAUAAAAUAGACCAUGGAUUAUUUACUUUUUAUUUACCAGUUCUUGAUAAACAUGCUGGUUAUUUAACAAUAGGUGGAAUAGAAGAUAAGUUUUAUGAAGGAGAAAUAACAUAUGAAAAAUUAAAUCAUGAUUUAUUCUGGCAAAUAGAUUUGGAUAUUACUUUUGGAAAUGAUACUUUUGAAAAAGCUAAUGCUAUUAUUGAUAGUGGUACAAGUACAAUUGUUGCACCAACAGAAUUUGUUAAAAAGUUCUUUAAGGAUGCAGGUAUUUUUAAAGUACCAUUUUUACCAGUUUAUGUAACUGAAUGUGAUAAUAAAUCAUUACCAACCUUAGAAUUUCAUUCUGGAAACAAUAAAUAUACAUUAGAACCAAAAUUUUACUUAGAUACAUUAGAAGAAGUUGAUGAAUCAUUAUGUAUGGUUUACAUUAUGCCAGGAGAUAUAGAUAAACAAACAUUUAUAUUAGGUGAUCCAUUUAUGCGUAAAUAUUUCACUGUUUUUGAUUACGAUAAUGAAAGAGUUGGUUUUGCUGUUGCUAAGAACUUAUAA